CAGAAUCAAACGCAAAUAGCAAAGACUAUAAAUGCAAAAAAUCACUAUGAGCCCACUGCCGGCGGAAAAGAAAUCGGGUCCUCGACCUUUCGGAAAUAAGCUUUAAAGUUGAGCCUCAACCAUCGCGCCAAGCCUAAGUCGCGCAAGUCGCGUCACCCUAUCCUGCCCAACCAACAACCCAACGAACAGAACAUGGUCGGCACAAAGCGCAGACGCGACGAAGAUGAUGCCGACGAGGGUACACCGCAGAAAUCACGCGCACGAUUCGCUGAAGAGGCCCACGAUGAGCUAGAACCGCUCGAAGCGCAGACACCAUCCAGAAAGGGGAGGACACAACACCUGGCCGAGCAUGGGACGCCCCGAUCCAUCCUGAAGAAGACUGGUCUGGUAAAUGGCAUCACUGCGACGCCCAAGUCUACUCGGAAGCUGGUCUUCGAGACACCUACCAAAUCCGCAAAACGAGACUCUCCGGAUGGCACGCCCACUAUCGUUCGCAACGCCGAUCGCAGCGCGCGCAGAAAGAGCAAUCGCCGUAUACUGGAACGUACACUGAAUGGCGAAGAGAGCGAUGAAGAUGCGUUGGAUGAGGAGGAAGACCUCGCCGAACAUAUCUUGGGGCAAGAUACAGAGGACGCGGAGCAGGUCGAGGAGGGAGUGGUACAAGACGAUGUGCCUGUACCAGAGACACCCUCAAAACGUGGGAGAGGCCGACCUAAGGGGUCAGGAAAAGUAGGACGGCCGCGAAAGCAGCGCUCGCCGACACCUCCAACUGAGCUGCCACCACACGAGGAGUACUUCUGGCAGAAUCGCCCAGGCGGCACCAAAACCUCCAACAACACUCUCUCUGCGCAGAGCCUGCUGAACCACGAUGAAUACUUCCAAGCGAUGCAAACGUACGAGGACCGCCACCAGUCUGAAAGAGAGGUCUUGCUCGAAUUGCACAGCCGAGCAUACGAUCAAUGGAUUUUCGAGCUGCAAGAAGGCUUCAACAUCUGCCUCUAUGGUUACGGCUCGAAGCGCAUCAUCACACAACGUUUCACCGCACGCCUCUACCAGUCUCUCCUAGACGCUGCGCCGUACAAAGGGACAAAGAAGACACCGAAGGUUGUGGUCAUCAACGGAUACACAGCUGGCACAACCGUAAAGGACUUGCUGUUGACUUUAGCAUCGGCAGUCAUACCAUCCGGACCAAAGCUGCCCAAUCAACCCGCUCUGCUACUCGAUUUCAUCCUCGAACACCUCACCAGCAACCCGCCGCCGCAUCCAGUACCCUUCAUUCUGAAUUCCAUCGACUCGCCCUACCUUCGAAAGUCUCCCAUUCCGUCCAUGCUCUCCCGCCUAGCUGCGCAUCCAUCCAUCAACCUUGUGUGUACGGCGGAUACACCGAACUUCCCUCUUCUAUGGGAUGUUGGCAUGAAGACACAAUACAAAUUUCUCUUCCACGACGCAACAACCUUUGCACCCUAUGCUGCGGAGAUCGACACAGUGGAGACUGUGAAUGAGCUGUUAGGACGCAGCGGUAGACGAGUAGGCGGAAGAGAUGGUGUAGGCUUCGUCUUACGCUCUCUACCGGAGCAAGCUCGAGAACUGUUCCGCAUCCUUGUCAUGGAACAGCUAGCUCUCUCACUCAUGGAAGGCGGUGAUAUGGAGGAAGAAGACGAGGUUACUGCUACGCCGAGGUCGAAGAAGGUCGCACAAGCCAAGAACGUUCUGCCAGAGUCUACGCAAGGCGUUGAGUAUCGUGUGUUGUACCACAAGGCUGUCGAGGCCUUCGUUUGUACAAGUGAAGUCAGCUUCAGAACGCUGCUUAAGGAGUUCCACGACCAUCAGAUGAUAGAGAGUAAGAAGGAUGGUAUGGGUACGGAGAGACUGUGGGUACCUUUCAGACAAGAAGAGCUGGAGGGUCUGGCGGAGGAUCUUGCUGGAGAGGCGUUUUGAUUUGAGUAUACCCUUAAUUUUAUGUACAACACAUCCUCAACAUACCGCGAUGCUAUGUCUCCUUGACUGGAUAUCGGGUAGUUACGAUGAUGUCUGGCUCGCGCACUUUUCGCUUAGGUGGAGCUUGCCUAGUGAAUUUUGGUUUUCGAUGAGGAAGCUGCAAAGGCUCUUCAAAAUACGCCUAGCAGCUCCGUCCUUCAAUACUAACAUGCCUAUUUUUGCUGCGUAUAUAAACGUGAAGCUUUAGAAUUCCUCCAUCAAUCACCAGAUAACACGGUCGCUUAGCUCAGUUGGUUAGAGCGUGG